GGGAGAACGAGGGAGAGCAAAGGGGACGAAGGAAUACCGAUAUCAUCCGAUGGCACAAUCGUGGGCCGCUCAAUCCUCCUCCUCCUCACAAUCUAAUAACUCUGCCGCUGCCCCCUCACCCCACACUGCUGCUGCCCAUCGCCCGAAAAGUACAAAUACCGAUAAUGUGCAGAGUGCGCCGUCUCCGUCGGUAUUGUUUAAGUGUUCGGUGUGCGACAAGGGGUUUGAACAAAGAUCAUCACGCGAUAGACACCAACGACGAUGUCGGCAGAAGCAGAUAUCCGGGACCAUUCCCAGGAAGAAGAGCUGUGCACUAUGCACCCAAGCAAAGACCAGAUGUGAUCUAUUAACGCCAUCCUGCUCAAGAUGUAGGAAUAAGGGCCUUGACUGUCACUACUACCACCAACCACCCCCGCAACACUCCCACUCCCAUCACUAUGCAACAGCGACAACCCCUCUUCGCACAACAGAACUAGUCCACCGCCGCUCUCCCGUCCGCCUUUCGGAAGAAGUCUCCCUCCCAACCCCAGCAUGCACGGACAACGGCCUUCCAGACGAAUUCUCGGAUGGGAGUCUCCGGCACACCGGUAAUCAUAGAAGCGGCAGUAGCAAUAACGGAAUUGGGGAUGUGGAGAUAACGGACUGGGGCGACAUAAAUCACAACUUCCUAGAGUGGAAUAUAUUCGCCGGAUCAACCGGGGACAUGGAACUCCAUAACGUAUGCCCAAUCGGGAGUGAAAGCCCCGUAUCCCCUCAGGGUGCCUACCAACACCUUUACAAUCCGAACCACCUUGGAAACCCCAUGGAUCAGCAGAUGCGCCUCGCGCCGCGGCAGCUAUCCAUCGAGUCGUUCAAGCAGAUGCGGAAGAUCCUUGUCGAGAACGCGCCCGCCCCGGGCCCCAAGAACAAGUUCAUCUUCAUAGAUAGGGUGUGUAGGGGGUAUCCGAAGAUGAUGACUGGUAGGAAUGGACCCCCACCGUUUAUACACUCAUCCCAUCUGAUCCCUGGGAGGAUGACGAGCGCGUUGGCGAAUUGUCGGGGGUUGGUGGAUAUGUAUAAGGCCAUGACACCAGAUAAUAAGUCGUUCGUUAUGAAGUCUAUUGCGACCGAGCAUGGGAGGAUAUUGGCUGAGGCGGAGCAUGUGCGAGUGAAUGAGGUGGAGAAAAUAGGUGUGCUACAGGCCGCGCUUAUAUAUGGGAUAAUUCGACAUUUCGAGAAUGAUCCGACAUUUGAUAGAGCUGCUAUGGUUUCCAUGGAAACGAUGGCGGUAAACGUCGGCGUAGCCAGCCUCAUCGCAAAAGGCGAACUUGAGGGCGUGAGACCAGUCUGGGAAGACUGGAUCAUAGCGGAAUCCAAACGCCGAACUAUGAUAACCCUCUACAUGCUCGAUGGCUCCUUCCACUACGCCCACAACAUCCCAACCUUCACUUGCGGCGAACUCAACGAGAUACUCCUCCCGACCCCGACAAUCCUCUGGCAAUCGCGCGAGCGCUCCAAAUGGGAGUACGAGUACGAGAACUACCUCUCCGACCUUCGCGGUAGGCGACUGCCCAAGAUGGCAGACAUAUUGUCGACCGAACCAAAGUAUCUCAACAUCGAGGAGUGGAUUGGCGGGAUGGAUAACUUUGGCGUCACGGUUUUGGCUAUGGUGGAGAAUUGUCGGGAGGAUGUGCCGGAUGCGGUUGAGGAUGGGGGUAGAGUUUAGAUUAGAGGGAGAAGAAGGCUUUCUGUUUUGGAUAUGUGUGCUUCCGGGUUAGCUGUCGCUCUAUACCAAGAUCUCGACACUACAUUGUUUACGUACUUAUUUUUCUGGAUCGUCGGUGUUUGGGAUUUCGGUAUUAUUGUUAGGGAUUAUCUUUUUUUUUUUUUUCUUUCUUUCCUUCCAAUUUUUCACUUUUGUUAACAGUAGUAAUUGGCCGUAUUGGAUCAA